AUGACCGACCAGGAUGCUGAAGUGGCUACCAAGCGAAUGCGCAUAACUGGCAACUCCAAGACAAUCAGGCCAGCGGAGAAGGCAUCCAAUAGAGUACCCAAGUGUGCACGCUGUCGCAAUCAUGGCAUCAUUUCGGAACUCCGUGGCCACAAAAAGAUGUGCAACUACAAGAGCUGCAAAUGCGCUAAGUGUGUGCUAAUCUUUGAGCGACAACGCAUAAUGGCUGCUCAGGUUGCCCUCAAGCGUCAGCAGGCUGUGGAGGAUGCCAUUGCGUUGCGUCUGGUGGCCAACAAGACUGGCCGUAAAAUCGAAGCCUUGCCGCCGGGCAGCAUUUACGGUUUGACAGUAACACAGCCCAAGGAGCAGACACAGCCAGUUGAAGCUAAGCCUAGCGAGACAUUGGAUGCACUGCAGCAGCAGCAGGAGCAAACUGUAGCUCCAACGGAAGUUGUAGCGGUUGCAGAGGAUCUCAGUGCUCCACGACGCGAGCAGGUGUCACAGACGGCCAUUGAUAUGUUGUCACAGCUGUUUCCACAGCGCAAGAGAUCUGUGCUGGAGCUGGUACUCAAGCGUUGUGAUCUGGACUUGAUACGCGCCAUUGAAAAUGUUUCGCCGUCGGCGGAGCAGUUGCAGCCCUUAGCGGAGCAGCCACUGCCACAGCCGGCAGCCUUGCAACUGGCCAUGCCCACGCGCAGUAGCGCCUUCAGGCCAGUCAUUGCGGAGCAGUAUGCGGCCAAGAGCUCAGCUGCUGCAGCUGCUAUUUGCGCCUAUCCCAAGUGGUUUGUGCCGCUUUCCUUUCCAGUCACCAUGGGACACUUGUCCAAUCUGGCGCCGCGUUGCACGCUGCCCAAUUGCAGCUGCCUUGAGAGUUAUCCAUUUCACUAG